AACAUUCACACAUCUUUUCAAACCACUUCAUUGAUUAAAUCAUUUGCAAAGCCAAUUUAUUCAUCACAAAUAUUAAUCAUGACAAUGAUUUCACAAAUACAAUACAUGUACCCAAUAGAAUUGGAGAUUUUGAGAGUGAAAGAGUUAAAAAUCUAUACUAGUAUAAAAAUGAGGAGUUUUACCAUCCAAUCCUACAGGCCAAAUCAUCAUCCCUAAUCUCAUCUUAUCCAUCGCACUAAUGUCGACAGCACACCCGCGUCACAUCAUCACACUUGUCGGUACCGCCUACCGAUUCCACCGCGCGAUGACUCCGCCCCCGCGUGAUUACUACGCCGCGCGCUACUCGCGGCCUGCUCCGCGCGGAUCCGCCGCUGCACUUGCUCCUCCUCGCUCUGCGCGAUUCUCGGCCGUCGUUACCCUCCAAUGCCGGACCAGUGCCCUCCCCGCUGCCGCCCCUCCCACCACACUCCAAACCGUCGGGCCUUCAUCACCGCCACGGCACCACCGCCCUCUUCGAUUCCCCUCGGCUUCUGCACCACGAGAGGCAAGAAGAUGCAGAUGAUGGAGCUCUACGCCUUCCUCGGCCAUGUCGGCUCCACUUCCCUCUUCUCUCUCUGGCUGAACUUGAGCUUUUGGGUCGCCAUUGAUGGGGAUUGCGUGUGUGCAAGUGGGUUUGGCAACCGGAGGGCUGACGGCGUGGGGCUCUCCUACAAUCAGAGAUGAGCCCCCAGGAGGACUACUGCGACAAGAUAAACUUACAAUACCCCGCGUCAAGGGCGCCGAGUGCUACGGCCGGGGCGCCAUCCCCGUCAUCUGGAACUGUAAUUAUGGCGACGCCGGCAACAAGAAGGCCGAUAGAUGGGCCUACAUUGCACGGUUCAUAUUGGAAUGGUCAGCCUAGUGCCUGCGACAGUGGGACGGCUAUCAACAGUAUCUAAAUAUACAGUGCAAACCACAUAUGUAGUGGAAACUUGGAAACUACCGUUGGAUCGAGAAAUGGACGUUCGAGAUUCGUCCACGUCACCAUAAGUUA